ACGUCAGGGGUAAAGGGGAUGUGUUGUGUUGUGUCGCGUGAUAAUGCAUUUCCCUUCUGCUUCUCAUCCACGUAACCAUUUCAGUUACCAUCCCAAACAAGCCUUCACGAGAAACCCUCCACCAUCAACGGCUCUCCUGCAUUGCUUUCUCUCAUCAACGGCUUAUAAAAGAGGGACCCACAACGAGUACGAGAAUAGGGUGCUAGUCGAGCUGGGCCCACUUCACUGCCAACCUCAACCAGGUUGGUAGUUUCUUAUUUGCACCAUUUCGGCUUUAAAUAAAUUCUCUCCCUCAUCACCCUUUCUUCACAAUUCUCAUUUCAAUCCUCUCUUCUUCAACAAUCCAAUUCUCGGUGAAAAUGGGAAACAAGUUGAAUGUGGUGGCGUUGUGUUUGUGUGUGUGGACCCUGUUGUUUUGUUUGGUUUCUUGUGUACCAAAUGAAGGGUUACGUAGGAUAGGACUGAAAAAGAUCAAAUUGGGACCCAACGACCUGAAAGGGUUGAAGGGUGAUCAAUCUAUCAUUAGGAAGUAUCGUCUGGAAAACAACAUCCUUGGAGGAAUUGAGAAGGCUGAUGUUGUUGCAUUGAAGAAUUACUUGGAUGCUCAGUAUUAUGGUGAAAUUACCAUUGGUACCCCUCCUCAGAAAUUCACUGUCAUUUUUGACACUGGUAGCUCUAAUACCUGGGUGCCAUCUGUUAGAUGUUAUUUCUCGCUUGCAUGCUUGGUCCAUGCCAAAUACAGGUCUAGCCAAUCAAGUACCUACCGGCCAAAUGGGACUUCUGCUUCUAUUCAGUAUGGUACUGGAGCUGUUUCUGGCUUCUUUAGCUAUGACAAUGUAGGAGUUGGUGAUAUAGUUAUAAAGGACCAGGAAUUUAUUGAAACAACUAGAGAGCCUGGAGUUACAUUUGUGGCGGCUAAGUUUGAUGGUUUGCUUGGACUUGGAUUUCAAGAAAUAUCAGUCGGAAAGGCUGUCCCAAUCUGGUACAAUAUGGUCGAACAAGGUCUUGUUAAGGAUCCUGUAUUUUCAUUUUGGCUCAAUCGUAAACCAGAAGAGGAGGAAGGAGGUGAGAUUGUUUUCGGUGGGGUCGAUCCUGCUCACUUCAAGGGCGAACAUACUUAUGUGCCUGUGACACGAAAAGGAUAUUGGCAGUUUGACAUGGGAGAUGUACUUAUUGAUGGAAAACCUACCGGAUAUUGUGCUAAUGAUUGUUCAGCAAUUGCAGACUCAGGGACGUCUUUGUUGGCAGGUCCAACGACUGUAAUUACUAUGAUAAAUCAAGCAAUUGGAGCAUCUGGAGUUGCAAGUCAAGAAUGCAGGUCUUUUGUUGAUCAAUAUGGACAAACAAUUUUGCAAUUGCUCUUGACUGAAACACAGCCAAAGAAGAUCUGCUCCCAAAUUGGGUUGUGUACAUUUGAUGGAACUCAUGGUGUUAGUAUGGGUAUCCAGAGUGUGGUUGAACAAACUGAUAGAAUAUCAUCCGGUGGUCUUCAAGAUGCUUCCUGUUCUGUAUGCGAGAUGGCCGUUGUUUGGAUGCAGAACCAGCUGAGGCAGAAUCAGACAGAAGAGCGGAUACUAAACUACGUCCAUUCGCUUUGUGAUAAAAUGCCUAACCCAAUGGGACAAUCAUCUGUUGAUUGUGCAAAGAUCUCUUCUAUGCCUGUUGUUUCCUUCACCAUUGGUGGGAAAAAAUUUGACCUUUCCUCACAAGAGUACAUACUGAAGGUGGGUGAAGGUUCUGCAGCCCAAUGCAUUAGUGGCUUUACUGCCUUGGAUGUUCCUCCUCCACGUGGCCCACUCUGGAUCCUUGGAGAUAUCUUCAUGGGGCGCUAUCAUACAGUGUUUGAUUAUGGUAAACUCAGAGUUGGAUUUGCCCAAGCUGCAUAGAGAAUAUGGUCAUGCCUUGCAGAAUGACAGCCUUUAUUUGCUUGUAGUUUUUUUUUUAAUUAAAAAAAUUAGUAUAAAUGAACAAGAACUAUAAAGGGAAAGAGCAACCUCAGUAUUGGACAUUGGCAAAUAUUUAUUUGCUAAUAGUUUGUAUAACUUUGCAAUUAAAAUGAGCCUAAAGUUGGGGUUGUGUUGUGUAUAUAUCAAAUUAAUAUUCUCGCAGUCCCUCCCCCUGCUAUUAUCAUAUAUAUCACUAGUGUUAUGGGCCUCUACACUAUGUAUGGGCUCUCAUGGUUGCUUAUUUUAAUGACCAAAAAAAUUAUUGCUAUUUGAA